AUGAAGAGUGCAGAAGAUUAUAGUAAUUCAAGCAAUCAUUUAUUUAAUGUUUCAAAGUAUUAUUUUGAGAAGUUCUUGUUGUUGGAGGUCCUGGUUGGGAUUUUCCUCUAUAUAAACUGCUUAAUGAUAUUCACAUUUCUGAAAAAGGAGGCGUUUAGAGAAGAAACUCGAUACAUUUUGUUUGCACAAACACUGUUUGUGGACACUGCUUUCAUACUGUUAUCUGGCUUGCUUACUAUUGUGAGUUAUUUCCAGUACCCCAUGCACAUGAUUAUUUGUACUCUCAGUUUCCUAAUUCAGUCUAUUUUCACCUGUUGUACACCACUGACUUUGGUGGCUAUGUGUUUGGAACGCUAUGUGGCUAUAUGCAUGCCUUUGAGACAUGCAGACAUUUCCACCAACAGGACCAGAUUAUAUGGGCUUCUUAUCAUAUGGAGUGUCAGUUCUAUAAUUCCAGUGUUCAGUGUUAUAGGAUAUUGGGCAGUAGCCCCAGCUGCUGCUCUAUUCUCCUAUGCAGUUUGUAAUUCAGAGAUAAUGUUAGUCCAAGAAUGGCAGGCACAUGGUCGUGCCAUAAUUUUCAUUAUCCUUUUCAUUUUUAUGUCUAUUAUCAUUGUGUUCACCUACAUCAAGAUAAUGAUUGCAGCCAGAGCUGCAUCUUCGGAGAAAAAGAAAUCCACCAAUAAGAGUCUCAGAACUGUGCUGCUUCAUGCUGUUCAACUGUUUCUGUGCAUGAUACAGUUUUUUAACCCAUAUAUAGAAAUGGCAUAUUUCAAAGUUGAAGAAAUCACAUUUAAGAAUAUAAGAUAUUCUAAUUUUAUUGUUUUUUUGUUUUUACCACGUAGUCUUAGUCCAUUGAUUUAUGGUGUCAGAGAUGAAAAGUUUUUCCUUGUUUUUAGACAUUACGCUUUGUGUGGUACUGACCACCUUUUCUCAACAUUGUUUGAAAUCAAACAAGUGAAAAUAAGACCAAUUUAA